CGAGACUUCGUGCAGCCAUACUUAUCUGUUAUAUGUGCACUUUCGAAAGACAAACCAAGCAGAAUGUCAGAUACAAUGCGAAUUACUCAUCGACAAGAAUAAUUAUACACUUGAAACUAUACUGUAAAAUGGUGACAGGAGAAAAUACUCAGAUUGUUCCGCUUGAGGUUGUUUCAGGAGCUGAUGAAGAAAAGGUGCUGUGUAUCAUCAGAGAUCUAGUAGAUUCACAGACAGCUGGUCGUAAGCAGUCAGUCAAUUUACCUGCAUCUACUUCGCUGAACAAUGCAGCAAAAGAGAUAGCCAAGAUAUGUGGUUAUGCUCGAAGUGUAUCCGUGCACUAUGAGAGACAACAGGGGCAAUCAUCUGCAGAUGUCAUCCUCGAAGAGCAAGCAGAUGGAACACUUGGAAGUAUUUGCAAUCCAGAGAUUCGGCGUCAUAAUUUCACAAUAUAUGAAUUGGAAGGCAAAGCACCCCAGCGAGAGGAUGAAACCUCAGGCUAUGAGAGCCAAGUAUCGACAAGUAGUCUAUCAUACAACAGCUCCUCCUAUGAUCACUACAAUAACUCCUCCUGCGACUCGUAUGCAUCAGCAUUGAUCAAGUCAGACACAGGUUAUGUAGGCCUUGUAAACCAGGCAAUGACUUGCUACCUCAACAGUCUCCUGCAAACGCUUUUCAUGACGCCUGAGUUUCGAAAUGCUUUGUACCGAUGGGAGUACAAGAAAAAAAGGGAGGAUGAUGCAGCCAAGAGUAUCCCUUUCCAGCUUCAGAGACUGUUUCUUCAGCUUCAGACAAGUGGAAAAAGAUCAGUGGAAACCACAGAUCUUACUAGAAGUUUUGGCUGGGACAGUAGCGAAGUAUGGCAGCAGCACGAUGUUCAAGAACUGUGUCGGGUCAUGUUUGAUGCUCUGGAGCACACCUGGCGGGACACUGCGCAGGCCAGUCUCAUCAACCAGUUGUAUCAGGGCAAGCUCAAGGACUAUGUCAAGUGUCUGGAGUGUGAAAAUGAAAGUGCACGUAUUGAUGCUUAUCUGGACAUUCCUUUAGUGGUGCGGCCAUUUGGAUCAAAUCAAGCAUAUGGAAGUGUGGAGGAGGCUCUGGAAGCCUUUGUGCAACCUGAAAUACUGGAAGGAACCAAUCAGUAUUUCUGUGAAAAGUGCAAUAAGAAGUGUAAUGCACACAAAGGGCUGAAAUUUGUCACUUUUCCAUACUUAUUGACACUACAAUUGAAGCGUUUCGACUUUGAUUACAGCACUCUGCACCGCAUUAAACUGAAUGACAGGAUGACCUUUCCAGAAAUUCUUGAUCUAAACCGGUUUGUGGAGACAAUGGAAUAUGGAGAUGCACUUGAUGGGAUGGAAAUGAGUAGUGAGCAUCGAAACAUUGAAGAAACUAAAGGAUGCACAGCUGCAGGCACUACAGAUAGUGCUGACGAAGGCAUAGAUGAAGGAAUUGAUGUUGAGGCUGGCUGUUCUGCUGCGUCGUCUAGUAGUGACGCCUCAAGUGUCAGCAGUGAGGUGGCAGCCAACAAUCGUAAUGCUCGCGAUUCUGCAUCUAAGGGUCCUUACGUUUAUGAACUCUUCUCUAUAAUGAUCCACUCAGGAAGUGCAGCAGGAGGGCAUUAUUAUGCAUACAUAAAGUCGUUCAAGGAUGGUCAGUGGUAUAGUUUCAAUGAUCAACAAGUCACGAAGAUAACCUAUGAAGAUAUUCAAAAAACUUAUGGAGGGUCUCCAAUGGGCAGAAGCUACUACUCUUCAGCAUAUAGCAGUUCUACAAGUGCGUACAUGUUGAUGUACAGACAGAUUGACAAUGAAAAGAAGGAGGACUUCAUGUCACCGGAGAACUUCCCAGAGGUACUGAAGUUACAGCUGCAGGAACAGCAGAACAAAGAGGAGCAGGAGAGGAGACAGCGAGAACUUGAUAAGUCAACAUGCAAGAUCAAAGUGCACAUGAUGCACCCUGUAGAUCAUCGCAAGAUGGAGACACGGUUAGAGAUUCACAAGGACAAGACCCUUAGAGAAGCUACAGAGAUAGUUUACAAGAUGUUUGAAAUGGAAAGUAUAAUUGACAUCUCUUGCUGUCGUCUAGUCAAGUAUGAUGAGUACCUAGAUUCCUUAGAGCACUCUUUUGAAGGGGAGGAGGAGAUGCCCAUCUCCAUUUUGCUUGGAGGGGUCAAGGCGACAUACAGCUUUGACUUGCUGCUUGAAACAAGAAGACCUGAUCAGAUUUUCCAGCCAUACAAACCUGGAGGUGUGACAGUCAAAGUAUUUUUAGUAGACAUCUAUACAGAAACCAUCCACCCUCCUAUUAGUGUGAGAGCUUACGUCGUACAGACAGUUGAAGAAUUUAAGUUGCUUCUGUCUCAGGUUCUUGGGAAACAUCCAUCCUCCAUGCGGUUGGUACUGGAACGAUUUCACAAUGACCUACGCUUACUGACUAAUCCAUCUAAAACUCUCAAGGCAGAGGGUUUCUUCAAAAGUAACAAGGUGUAUGCGGAGUGUUCUGGAGAUGCAGCUGACGCUAAAGUUCCAUACAUUCACAGCCGCCUGUAUCGCCUGCUGGAUCGCCACCAGAACACCAUCCACAUCCAUGUCAAUGUGCCUACACCAGAGACUGUGGCUCAGUAUUUGCAGUCCCUCCAGAAUACCCGGCAACGCUUGUACCUGCUGCGAUCUGGUGCAAUAGGUAGCGGUGAUCUCAGCCUCCAUUCCUCUCCCUCCUCAACUCCUGUGCGUGAGCGACGAAAUUCUCUUGGUGGAGUGGCCGGAGGCGACUGUGGCAUGGGACUGGAUGAUGUGGGCAGAGGGUUGGGAGGUAGUGAGCUGGAACCCCGCCUCUCUUCACUGGGUCUGAGCAGUCUAAACCUGCACACUUCCCACAGUGAUCCCUCCAUCUACCACAGCUGUCGCCUUGUGCUUGAUUCUGCUGGAAACAACAGCUAUGACAAUGACAACAAUUCCAACUCGUCUCUUCAUUGCUCACCAUCAGGAUCCGAGGGCCGAAGCAACAGUCCUGUUGGCCCGAGCUCUUCUAGCACCAGCGCAGAGUUCUCCCUCACAGCAAACUUUCCUGGUUCCCAUGAUGCACCACUCUCCUCGCCAGAUGAUCUAGACCCUGAGACACAUUUCAUCUUGCGGGACCGGGUUGUGGAGACAGAUUUGUGUAUUGGUUUGCCAGAGCAAGGCCCACAGGUGUCUUCUCCAGAAGACAUGGAAGGUCGCUAUAGUGACAGUGAGCAUCUCCACCAAGAUGUUGGCUCCAAUGCAGCCUAUUUGAUGAGUAUGGGUGAACGGACGCCUCUUGUUACCACCCCAUGCAAGCGAAUCAUGACAGCCACAUACGCUGCCUCUGGUGAGGAGGAAUGCUGGGAUACUGAGGUCACCUUGAAAUCACCUCCACCGCCUCCCCCUCCCCCACCACCUCCGCCACCACCGCCGCUACCGCCAUCUUUCUCCAAGUUUGGGAAAGAAAACUUAACAGCACCACUACAAGACUCUAGCGUGGGGUACAGCCAGGAUGUGAGUGACCAGAGUGGGUUUGAGGCAAGUUCAGGGGCCGGACAAGUUGGGUGGGAGACUGAGGAGGAGGACAUGCAUCGUUACUUUUUUGCCAUUCCAUGCACUGUAUCUGAUCCUGGCGUUCGCAGUUUGUCUGUAUAUGUUGACAAGAGAAUAACCCUUGGGGCUUUCAAAAAGGAACUAGAGAAACACAUAGGAACCACAUCAGAAAACUUCAAAGUGUACAGAGUCUACUCCAACAACCAAGAGUUUGAGAGUGUGCGUCUUUCGGAUACAUUAUCCUUCUUAGAGGAUGGCAAGCUCAACAUUAAAAUGGGCAGAGCUUUGCGGCCUGGUGAACACAGGGUCAAAGUUUAUCAGCUGUGUGUCAAUGACCCAGAGCCCUGUAAGUUUCUGAUAGAAACAAUCUUUGCAAAGGGGAUGACAGUGUGGGAGUCAAAGCAGCUAAUUUUGCCAGAGAUAAAAGAAAAGUGUGGCUUGGACAUUCCCAUAGAAAGGUGUCGGCUGCGAAAGAAGUCAUGGAAGAACCCAGGAACAGUGUAUAUAAACAGUCAAGUGUAUGAAGAUGAAAUUGCCAUCUUCCCCAACUGGGAGGUGUUCCUUGAAAUUCUGGACAAGCCAGAUGAGCUGAAGAGCAUGCAGCAGCUGGCCAUUUACCUCAGACGCUGGUGUCCAUCAACGUUUACUCUUGACCCCUUUCAGGAGGUGGUUCUUAGUAGCCAGUCCAUAGAGGAGCUCCGAAACAAGAUGUCAGCUGUUAGUGGAAUACCCGUGGAAGAUGUGGAAUUUGCAAAGGGGAAAGGGACAUUUCCAUGUGAGACCUCUGUACUGGAAAUCCACUCUGACCUUGACUGGAACCCCCAGGUCACUUCGCUCAAUGUGUGGCCUCUGUACAUCUGUGAUGAUGGUCAUGUCAUUUUCUAUAGGGACAGAACUGAGGAGUUAGCAGAACUCUCAGAAGAAAAGAAGAAAGAGAUUCAGCAGAAGGAAAAUAUCAGAAUAUCACGCUGCAAUCAGCGGUUAUCUUAUUCUCCCAGAAAAGAACGUGCUCUAAAAAUCUACACAGAAGACCACCCGUCGUCUUCACCGAGCAAGGCAUCACCUGAUCUUGAUUGAGAAGGGUGUCAUCUUGAAAAGUGUGCUUUUGCCACCAUUUGGUAUCAUGCAGUUUGAUGCAAGUAGGCCAUGUCGUGCCCAGGGCAAAGUUAUAAUCCAAAGACAUCAGUCCUUAGCCAUGGUGACACUUCAUGGCUGGGCAUCAGUUUUUGCCUAUGUAGAAGAACACUGUUUUUCAGGGAAAGACAAUUGUCCCCAUGGCUCAGCAGAUUCUGUGAUGACUUUUGACAUAAAACUGAACAGCAGAGAUGAAAAAAAUAACUUUUGUAACAAACUGCAUUAUCUGACUGAUGCCGAAUGUGACAGAUAAGGCUAAUAACUAUUUCUCUUCAGCAACAAAUUUCGGCUUUGUUCAAGUUAGUGAGAUAUGUUGAUGUGGACAAGCAUGCAUGAUUGCGUUUGAGAGAUUGAAUCUGUUGAGAGUUUACACAGUUUUCAGCCAUCUGCCUAAAGCGGUGUUAAACAGAAUAAACUUUCUUCUGUCAUUAACCCUCCUCCAACCACCAGUCACACAUUCAAGGCUGGAACUGAUUAAUCGGCCCCAAAGAAUUUUUUUCUGCGAUUAGUAGGAGGGCAAGGGAGUGAGACGAGUAGCACUUGGGUGAUUACGAACCUCACUUCUUGUGCAGAAGCUUUUAUCUUGCAUCUUUCUACAUUUGUGGUUCAUUUUGGUUGCAACAGAUCACCUGCAUCAGAAAAAUGGAAAAAAUAGCUCACAUUGGAUUACCUGAAAAUGAAGCUCUUUGUGUGUGAAUCCUUAAAGGGAAAAGGAAAUACCAUAAAUAGAUAUUGGCCUCAAUGGCAAGUGGUGUACACAUUUUCAAAUAUUUUCGUUGCUAAAUUUUAUUCAUAAAAGGACACAUAGGUUUUGUGAUUUUUUUUUUUUAAUUUAAAGAUUUGCAUGUGGAAGUGUAACUUGAGCUUGUUUGGCUGUCUCAAAUGAUGAUGUUACAAUUUUGUAGAUGUGUCACAGCUCUAGCUGCAAAGUAUCACAAUCAUUGAUGUUAACCUUCAGCAUUACUUGGACUUGGAAUUUUAUGUAAAAGCAUUUUAACCAUUAGCAUCACUUUGGGUAACCUGAUGUGGUGUUGAUCUUGGGGGUUAGUCUGUUUUUAUAUAUAUUUAUCCAAGCCCAGAUACAACUUUGGGUUAAUGCGAAGCAAAUUAAACAGCAAUUGAGCAGGAAAUGUAGAUCCAUUUGUAACUUGCAUGUAGCUAAAUUUCACAGACAGUUGACAAUGCAGUUACAAAGAGAAGUCGUUAAUAUUCUGUUUGUAUCUUUUAUGAUUAGGUAGGUCCAGCCAUUUAUUAAUAAUAAUUUUAAUCCUUUCUUCAGUAAAGCUGCAUUAGUACAUUCUACAGAAAAUAGUCACACUUAUGCAAUAAAUCCAAAAGAAAGAGAACAGUGUUCUUUCACACAAUCACCUUGCAUCCUUCCCCUUUCUCUACAUAUUAUGUGGAGGGGUAGGGGCAAUGUUGGUUGCCUGUGGAGGGAUAUGUAUUUUGGAUUGGUACGUGGUACGUGCGUAAAAAGCGUACCUGAAAAAAGAUCUUGCUUGCUGUAUCUUCUUUUUAGCCAUCCAGGAAAAGAAACAAAAAAAAGUGAAGUGAAGAUAAUGCCACCAUCUUUCAAAGAACUAUGCAUAAUUAUGUUGAAUUUUUCUUUUUGCAACAAAAGCAUGUCAUUCUAUUCAGUUCUUUUUGAACAGAAUUGACUACAAUAUAAUCUCAUCAGAAGAUGUCUUGAAGAUCAGUAUUUAUGCAUGACACACAAUUUAAAAAAAAUACUCUCGUCUUACUACUGAUUAUUUCGUAUCAACAGUAGCUUUUAAAAAUAGUUUAUCUGUGCAGAGAGUGCGAUCUGUCUUGGUUGUAAUGCUGCACAUUAUAAAGUUCACGUUAUUAUUAUUAAUCAUUUUUGGCUUGAGUCUCUCCUGGCUACAGCAGAGAAUGUUAAGAAAUCAAGGUUUUCUAUGUCUUGUAAGCAUAUCCCCUCACCCCUAAAAGUUUAUGUUGAUCUUUUGCCAGAUACUUUUGAAAAAAUAUAUUUUCUAAAAUUUUGGACCCAGAGUUACUGUAUCUUUAUUUUGCUUAUGCAUGAUAUACUAAGAGUUUCAUCAACAAUCAGGUUAUGGCUGGACCUACCCAGUAAAACUGGUAGAAAGUAAAACUGAUAUCAGUCAACAUUAAACUGGCUGUGCUGCUAUUAACCUGUGAUGUCAUAACUUUAAGAAGGCUGCCUGAAUGUUGUCGUCUACUUGUGCCUACUUUUGCUCUGAUCUUGCAAGCAGAGAUUUUCAAGUAACAGUGCACUGUGUUUAAUAAGUAAAAGUUGGCACAAGUAGUGAACAGUUAAUUAAAGCCCUAAGGUCAUCUGAUGUGAAAGUGUUGACGUACGUCAGUUUUGCCCAGAUAGUUUAAAAGAAUUACAAGAAUAAACAGUGCAUUCUUUAAAUGAGUGCUGAUGGAAAACUAAAAAUUUUAGAUUAAGUAGCAAAUUUUCAAAGUGGACCUGGUGUUACUGAUUUUUUCCCCACGUGUGUUUCUAUUAACAGUGACAUUAGAAAAAAGUUUUUGUAUGCUUAUAAACAGACAUUAUAUUACCUACUAGAUAAAUCACAGCAUAGUCUGCUUGGAGAUACUACUUCCUAACAAGGUGGGAACACGUGAAAGGCUAUUUCAGAGCUGUAUUUCCUGUCACCCACCCUUUUCCUUUCACUACCAAUUACUUAUCACCUGGUAGCUGUAUGCAUGUAAAGUGGUCUGUUGCCCAGUCAUCUAUUCACAUGACUGGAUGCCAAAAAGUUUGCACCUGCUACUUCUACUGUCUGUGAUUUUUGUCUGUGUGGUGGUUGUACAGUGCUUGUUAGGAAACCUGAAUAUUUCUCUUGUUGCUCAGCCUUGGUGUACAGGUACAAGAAGGAAGUAAUAGUUCCAUGGAAUUCAGUGCUGUGGGUGUCGUUUAGUUUGUCAGGCCUGAACAUGGUGCUUGUGAUUGAUGAUGCACCUGUAUGAGUAAGGAUAGGAUUGCUGAUGAAACAUGAGUCGUCUGCUUGACAGAAAACUACCCAAAUGCAAACAAAAUAAUGGAAAUUCUCAGCAAGGAGUGGACUGCAUUUGAAAGCUGCUUUAAUGCUGCCCAGAGCUUGCACCAGCCUUUUACUAUGCAGGCGGUCCUCGACUUAAGACCUUCCGUUCCUACGUCAUAAACCAAUUUUUGCUGUAAGUCGGAACAUACGUACAUACUGUAUGUACAUCCUAUCCUAAUACCUAUCCUAACACAGUAAUUAUCAAAAAACACAUACAAAAUAUGUUUAAUAAUGAAAUGAAACAGGAAUAAUAAUAAUUAAAAAAAACACGAAGUUCGCGUUAUGACGCUUACAACGCCAAAACCACUUAAGUUGAAACAAGGCUUAAUACAGUAAAUGGGAGAUGUGUCAUAACCACAAAACAUCGUAACUUGGGGCUGAUGUAACCUGAGGACCGCCUGUAAAAAGUGUAACAAGAAUAAAACUGUUCUGUAGUUCGCCAUCUCAUAAAAACAAAUUGUGAUUGUUGUCAUCUAUCACAUUUGUGCCUAUUGUUGUUGGUAUAUCCUAUCUUUUUUAAUUUCCACUAGGUUUCAAGAACUACAGUACAUAUAUAGGGAUUUUUCUGUUUGCAUGUUUAACUUAUUUAGCUCUUUUCUCUAGACUCCAUUAGUCUUGUGAUGCACUUAGAGGAGGAGGGGGGGAAAUCAAAGAUUUCUUAAUUUUAAUUGUUGGAGGAGAGUGGCCGACUGAAGUCUGCAGUCACCAUCUUUAUGUGAAGUAAGGAAACCUUUUGUGUUUACAUAUUGCCAGCCUUAUUUUAGUCACCCAUUCCCAUGUCCAUAAUGCCUGUCAUUGAUACAUUGCAAGAUAUGUCAAGUAUUAUGUUUUAGUCACCUUAAGAUCAUAUUGUAAUGAUUCAGGUCCUUCAAUCACACACAGCUGGGAUUGUCUCUGGUGAUGUUUCAGAACAGCAAUAUUUGAGUGCACAGAUAAGUUCUUUUUCAGGAAGUGGGACCUUUAUGCUCCUCCUGUGGACACAGAUUUCAAUAUAAAUGUUUUAAAAUGGAUGUGCCUGAAAACAGAAAACGAAGUAAACAUUUUUAGUUCAUGCUCUCUAUUGUGAGAGAAUGGCUUUGAGAUGAUGAAUUGUUGCCUUCACAUAUUUGUUUAAUGUAGCAGAAGAUUUAUGUUAUGGGGUGAGGAAUGGCAAAGGGGUGGUGGUGUGAGGAGGGGGCAGUUGGGCCUUAAACAAAUUAAUAACUGUCAGUCCAUGUGUAGUAAACAUCUCCCUGCAAAAUUGUUGUAUAAAGAAAGGAAAGUCAGUAUGAAUUUUUUUUUGCAAACCUAGAAUGGCUUUAAACAGUUUUUAACAGCAAGUUCUUAUUUUUGAAUUUUAGUCAUGGAAUUUGGGGGUUUAAAUGUCAAAACAGCAAUAAAAGGUUUGGGAGCAGUUGAUGCUGGAUCAACAGUCAUCCAGCAAGACCUCAGUUCUAUACUGAGAACAAUGAUGAUGGCAGUAUGAUACAUUAAUUAGACUUUUGAAAUUGUUGUUACUUCCAGUAAACUUGGUGUGUAGGUGAGACAUCUGUAAAGACACAAUGUUUUGUAAGUGUCAAGAACAUUUUGACUCCUAGUCUUUGUUUCAGACAGAACCCUACCUGCUAAGACAGCCUUCCUUUUAUUCUUAGAGUAUUCGUCCACCCUCUGAUCAAAAUGUGUGCAAAGAAUUCUUUGUCUUUGAGUUUUGUAUGGUAUUACCUGAUUGAAGAAUCUAAAGUCUUAUGAUGGCCUUAGCUUAAUAAUUUGCUCCAUUUGCUGGCUUGGCUUCGGGGAGGACUUGUUAGAUGAAUGUGGCAGUCAGAUGGUAUUCCCAUCCUUUGAUAAAUCUUAUCAGAGGAAAUUUUGACUGUGGGUUGGCUUUGAGACUAGCGCAUCCAUUCUCUGAGCAUUUGGAAGGCAACAACAGCAACAUCCUUUCCGCCUUUCAGACAUUGGAAGGUUUGUCUAGUCACUGGUAGGCAAUCCAGCCAAAGACAUGCUUCUGCCUUGUUUGUUUAUACAAGCUGUGUAAUUUGAUUUUGCUUUUGUUUUGUUUAAUGUUUCCGAAUACCAAAUGCUCUAAAAUAUUUGUGCUAAAAUAACUUGUUUUAAACCCAGAUAUUAAAUUCAGAAGACAAGUGCUUUUCCACCAAAGCUUUCAUUCCUGGCCUUUCUCUUGUCUUUUGCUGAAAGUUGUAAAUCAGAUAUGACACUGAUUAUCUCCUAAUCACAUAGUUUUGUUUAAAAUACUGUAGUAUUGAAUAGGAUGCUAGUAUCAGGUAUCUUCAAUCUGUAAGAAGCAAAUAUUGUGUAAAUAGUAAGUAAAUAGCAAUUACAGUGGAACCACAGUUGACUGUCACAGCAGAAACCAUGAUGCCAUUUUGUGUACCUUUGUACAGCACAGUGGAACACACAAAACCACAAUGCAACAUUUACAGUGGAAAUUAUGGGAUUCAACGCAGAGUCUGUGCAUUGUAUUGAGGAAUCUUGUCUGUUUACAUGUUACUACUGUCCCCAUAUCCUUGCUGUUUAGAACAGGCUGGUCUAUACAGCAUGUUGGACAGAAAGAGCCAAGUUGAAGAGUUGGAUUUCUGUAAGUGCAAAAGACAAGAAAGUCCUGUGAGAGAAUGACAUGCCACCUACUUCAAUGAGAACUAUGAGCAAUCGUGAAUAAAUCUUCAUAGUUUGAAGCACUCAGAAAUACUGUUCAACUUUUAGUAGUUUAUGUUAGCGUUAGAAAGUGCUAUACUGAAAUUUUCACAUUGGUUCUCUUCUACUUUCUGUAACCAUUCAGUUUUUUUUUUUUGGCGUGUGAAGAGAUCUACAAUAUCUAUACUCAAAGCUGCAAAGCUGAUUUGUAAAGUUUUUUGUUUUGGAUUCCGUUGUUGCAUGGGUGAAUAGGGGUUUUUCAGACACUUCAGAAGUAAAAGGAAUUUGUAAAAAAGUGACCAAGCUUGUUUAAAGAGGUUCACAUAGAAAAUCCUGUGGAAAUAGAACAUUUUAGAUGUGAAAGUACGUAAAAACCUAUUUAUCUUAAAUACCAGGUAUUACCUUUAAGGAAAACUACAAAAGCAUAUAGGCCUUUACAAGUAGCCAGCAUUUUCAUAUUUUUCUUUUAAGGGUUUAGGUUUUUUAAAAGUUAUCGGGUUAACUGUAAAUUGAGACAAAAAUGAGAGGGCGACAUGUCAGAGAUAGGCUUAAAAAAAAAGGUUGCAGAAGUUUCUUGUGUGCAUGUGUGAUGGUGGCAGGGUGCAAGAUGGUGGCAAAGUGAAGAGAUUUUUGAAUGUAAAAGUACCUUAUGGUUAGGUAAUGUGAUUGCAAAGUCAUUAAAGUAAUAAAGAUAACCUGUUUGAAGAUG